AAGGACGACGGCAUCGACCGCUCGCCGCGGUUCUCCUGUACCAUGUCGAACGACUAUACCAACUACACGGUCUUCAUGCCGCCCACGCCGGACAACCAGCCAGGGGCCGCGCAGGCCGGGGCGUCAGGGUCCGGGGGCUCUAGCAAGCCGGGAUUGCCGCCCUACUCGUCAGGCUCCAAGGUCACGAACCGUCGGGGCGGCGACGAUGGCGCGGCCGGCGGCGGCAGCAAGAUGGAACGGCGGCUAUCCACCGCGCACGUGGCGUCGCCGUCCAAGUCGCUGCUGGUGCGGAGCCAGACGGGGGACUUCGACCACAACCGGUGGCUGUUCGACACCAAGGGCACGUACGGCAUCGGGAACGCGUACUGGCCGCAGGAGGACAACCCGUACGCCAACGAGGACGGCACCGGCAUGGGCGGUGGCGGCGACGGCGGCGUCAAGAUGGAGGACCUCAUCGACAAGCCCUGGAAGCCGCUCAGCCGGAAGGUUGCCAUUUCUCCGAGCAUCCUCAGUCCCUAUAGGUUGCUCGUCCUGGUGCGGUUCGUGUCGCUGUUGCUCUUCCUGGUAUGGCGCGCGACGAACCCUAACCCGGACGCCAUGUGGCUGUGGGGGAUUUCCAUCGUGUGCGAGUACUGGUUCGCCUUCUCCUGGAUUCUCGACCAGAUGCCCAAGCUGAACCCCAUCAACCGCGCCGCCGACCUCGCCGCGCUCCGGGAGAAGUUCGAGUCCAAGACGCCGUCCAACCCAACCGGCCGCUCAGACCUGCCGGGGCUCGACGUGUUCAUCUCCACCGCCGACCCAUACAAGGAGCCGCCGCUCGUCACCGCCAACACCCUGCUCUCCAUCCUCGCCACCGACUACCCGGUCGAGAAGCUCUUCGUCUACAUCUCCGACGACGGCGGCGCGCUUCUCACCUUCGAAGCCAUGGCGGAGGCAUGCGCCUACGCCAAGGUGUGGGUGCCCUUCUGCCGCAAGCACUCCAUCGAGCCACGCAACCCCGACGCCUACUUCAACCAGCAGGGCGACCCGACGAAAGGCAAGAAACGGCCGGACUUCGUCAAGGACCGCCGCUGGAUCAAGCGCGAGUACGACGAGUUCAAGGUGCGCAUCAAUGAUCUCCCGGAGGCUAUCCGCCGCCGCGCCCACGCCAUGAAUGCCCGCGAGCGCAAGAUCGCCCGCGAGAAGGCCGCCGCCUCGGCCGAGGCUGCCCCGGCGCCCGUGAAGGCCACCUGGAUGGCCGACGGCACGCACUGGCCCGGCACAUGGCUCGACUCCGCCCCCGAUCACGGCAAGGGCGACCACGCCAGCAUCGUCCAGGUGAUGAUCAAGAACCCUCACUUCGACGUGGUGUACGGGGACGCCGGCGACCACGCGUACCUGGACUUCACGGACGUGGACGUGCGCAUCCCCAUGUUCGUCUACCUCUCGCGGGAGAAGCGGCCGGGGUACGACCACAACAAGAAGGCGGGCGCCAUGAACGCCAUGGUGCGCGCGUCGGCGGUCCUCUCCAACGGGCCCUUCAUGCUCAACUUCGACUGCGACCACUACGUGUACAACUGCCAGGCCAUCCGGGAGGCCAUGUGCUACAUGCUCGACCGCGGCGGCGACCGCAUCUGCUACAUCCAGUUCCCGCAGCGCUUCGAGGGCAUCGACCCCUCCGACCGCUACGCCAACCACAACACCGUCUUCUUCGACGGCAACAUGCGCGCCCUCGACGGCCUCCAGGGACCCAUGUACGUCGGCACCGGAUGCCUCUUCCGCCGCUACGCCAUCUACGGCUUCAACCCGCCGCGCGUCACCGAGUACCACGGCGUCGUCGGCCAGACCAAGGUGCCCAUCGACGCGCACACGCGAUCCGCCGGCGGGGACGAGGAGCUCCGCCCGCUCACCGAUCACCCGGACCACGAGGCGCCGCAGCGGUUCGGAAAGUCCAAGACGUUCGUCGAGUCCAUCGCCGUGGCCGAGUACCAGGGCAGGCCGCUGCAGGACCACCCAUCGGUCCGGAACGGACGGCCGCCCGGCGCGCUGCUCAUGCCGCGCCCGCCGCUCGACGCGGCCACCGUGGCCGAGGCCGUCUCCUUGAUCUCCUGCUGGUACGAGGACAGCACGGAGUGGGGGCUGCGCGUGGGCUGGAUCUACGGCUCCGUGACGGAGGACGUGGUGACGGGGUACCGGAUGCACAACCGCGGGUGGCGCUCUGUGUACUGCAUCACCAAGCGCGACGCCUUCCGCGGCACGGCGCCCAUCAACCUGACCGACCGGCUCCACCAGGUGCUCCGGUGGGCGACGGGGUCCGUGGAGAUCUUCUUCUCCAAGAACAACGCGCUGUGCGCGUCCCGGAGGCUCAUGUUCCUGCAGCGCAUGUCGUACCUCAACGUCGGCAUCUACCCGUUCACCUCCCUCUUCCUUAUCAUGUACUGCCUCCUGCCGGCGCUCUCCCUCUUCUCCGGACAGUUCAUCGUGGCCACGCUGGACCCGACCUUCCUCUGCUACCUCCUCCUCAUCACCACGACCCUCAUCCUGCUCUGCCUGCUGGAGGUCAAGUGGUCGGGCAUCGGGCUGGAGGAGUGGUGGCGCAACGAGCAGUUCUGGGUCAUCGGUGGCACCUCCGCGCACCUCGCCGCCGUGCUGCAGGGCCUGCUCAAGGUCACCGCCGGCAUCGAGAUAUCCUUCACGCUCACGGCCAAGGCAGCCGCGGAGGACGACGACGACCCCUACGCGGAGCUCUACCUCAUCAAGUGGACGUCGCUCUUCAUCCCGCCGCUCGCCAUCAUCGGCAUCAACAUCAUCGCCAUGGUGGUGGGCGUGUCGCGCUGCGUCUACGCGGAGAUCCCGCAGUACAGCAAGCUGCUCGGCGGCGGAUUCUUCAGCUUCUGGGUGCUGGCGCACUACUACCCAUUCGCCAAGGGGCUCAUGGGACGCCGCGGCCGCACGCCGACACUCGUCUACGUCUGGGCGGGGCUCAUCUCCAUCACCGUCUCCUUGCUCUGGAUCACCAUCAGCCCGCCCGACGAUCGGAUCUCCCAGGGCGGCAUCGAGGUGUGA